GUUUAGCAGAAAGGUGGAAUUUAUUCUGAUUUUCUCCCGAUUCCUUUAUCAGCUGAUGGAGCUUCAGUAAGGAAGAACCAUGAUCAAAGACAUCAAGGAGAUGGUUCCUCUUAUGGGGACCAAGAAGCCGAGUCCUCGGGAGACUCCGCCGGCGGCCGGCCAGGACAAGAGAGCCGCCGAAGGUACCCCUACCAAGAAGAGGCAGAUCCCAAACGCCACACCUCACCUGGGCAGUUCUCACUUUUUUCUGGAGAUCGAAGCUUUUGAGAGCAACGCAUCACCAAGCCGGACGUCUCCCCCCAUCUUCUCCAAGCCAAUGGAUUCCAACAUCCGCCCAUGUGCCUCCGCCAACUGCGAGGAUAUGGAUUCUCCCCAGUCAAUUCAGGAUGAUAUGACGGAAUAUACCCCAAAUGCUGAGAGUUGCACGAAUUCAACCCAAAACGCUCAGCCGAACAGUCGUCGUAAGAAGCUGAAAAAAUACCUUUUCCGGGCGGUUACGGAAGGAAAUCUGGAGGAUCUACAAAGUGUUCUGGCGGAAAUGAAGGAACGGUCUCACCGGUGCCAAAAUUUGACCGUCCAAGAAUAUCUGAUGAAUAAAAUGACCUCUUCAGACACCGGGAAAACCUGCCUCAUGAAAGCUCUGCUGAACAUCAACCAAAACACCAAAGAAAUUGUGAAUAUGUUGCUGUCGUUUGCCGAAGAAAACCAAAUCCUCGAAAAACUCAUUAACGCGGCCUACACCGAGGAAGCCUAUAGAGGACAGACCGCUCUAAAUAUUGCCAUCGAGAGACGUCAGUAUGACAUCACUCAGACCCUGAUUGAGAAAGGCGCAGACGUCAACGCCCAUGCCCAAGGCGUGUUCUUUAAUCCCAAACGCAAACACGAAGGAUUUUAUUUUGGCGAGACCCCCCUGGCGUUAGCGGCCUGCACCAACCAGCCGGACAUCGUCCAUCUCUUGAUGGAGAACAGCAAGACGGACAUCAAGUCUCAGGAUGCGCGAGGGAACAACAUCCUCCACGCCUUGGUGACCGUGGCGGAAGACUUUAAGACCCAAAAUGACUUUAUCCGGCGGAUGUACGACGCCAUCCUCUUGAAAAGCAGAAGCCGGGAUUUGGAGAUGAUGAAGAAUAAAGAUGGUUUAACGCCUCUGCAGCUAGCAGCCAAAACGGGGAAGUUAGAGAUUCUGAAGUACAUUCUCAGCAGAGAAAUCAAAGAGAAACCCAUCCGCAGCCUUUCCAGGAAGUUCACCGAUUGGGCUUAUGGCCCCGUCCAGUCCUCCCUUUAUGACCUCACAGAAUUGGACACCACUUGUGAAAACUCACUACUGGAUAUCAUUGUCUAUAAUACAAAUAUCGGGAAACGUCACGAAAUGCUGGCUCUGGAACCGCUUCAUUCCUUACUCCGGAUGAAGUGGAAAAGAUUCGCACGACACGUCUUCUUCCUUUCCUGUUGCCUCUACUUCGUCUACAACCUCAUUUUGACGUUGAUCUCCUACUACAGGCCUCACACGAAGCAGCCUCCACCAUACCCUCUGGCACUGAUCGGGGACCUGAAUUGGUUGCAGUUGGCAGGACAAGCCAUGGUUAUUUUGGGAGCCGUGUUUAUUGCUAUUAAAGAGAGUGUAGCCAUUUUCUUGCUACGGCCGUCCGACCUGCAGACGAUUCUGUCCGACGCCUGGUUCCAUUUCGCCUUUUUCAUUCAAGCGGUGCUGGUGAUUGUCUCGGUCUUCCUCUACGUUUUCUCCUACAAAGGGCACCUGCCCUGCCUCGUCCUGGCCAUGUCCUUAGGCUGGGCCAACAUGCUGUAUUUCACGCGGGGGUUGCAAUCCAUGGGCAUCUACAGCGUCAUGAUUCAACAGGUCAUUUUGCAUGACGUGAUCAAGUUUAUUGCCGUCUAUCUGGUGUUUUUGUUUGGAUUCGGCGUAGCACUUGCGGCCUUGGUGGAAUCGUGUCCCGAAGACAGCAAAUGCAACGAGUACAGCGUCUUGGGAAGCAUCGAGAUCGAUUUAUUCAUGCUGACCUUGGGCCUGGGCGAGCUGGACGUCCCGAAAAACGCCAAGUACCCCAUCCUCUUCCUCCUGCUGCUCAUCUCCUUCGUGAUCCUGACUUUCGUCUUGCUCCUCAACAUGCUGAUCGCCUUGAUGGGAGAGACGGUGGAAGACAUUUCCAAAGAGAGCGAGCACAUCUGGAGGCUGCAGAGAGCCAGGACAAUUGUGGAGAUCGAAAAACUUCUCCCCAAGUUCCUGAGGAGGAAAUUCGAACUCGGGGAAUGGUGCAAAGUGGCGGACAACGACACGCGGUUGUGUUUAAGAAUCAACGAAGUCAAAUGGACGGAGUGGAAAACCCACGUGGCCUUUAUCAAUGAGGAUCCAGGAACAACAGAGUGCAGCAGAAUGCAAGAAACCUCACGGAGCAACAGCAAGACCACUUUGAACGCCUACGAAGAAAUUUACGACUUGCCCGAGACUACAGUUUGAGCUGUGCCCUUGCAUGGGGAAAUUUGAGACCAUGAAGCCUUCAGAGAAAGCGACGCGAAGGGCUCGAUGCACCCCGGUUCCCGAGCUCGGUCAGACUAGCAUUCAGAUGAAGAGGGUAACACCUCUCCCAUCGCAAGAGGGUUGACCAAGAGUUGCAAGCAGGGAGAAUAUGAGUCCUAACCUAGAUUUUCUCCACUUCGUGGGAAGCCGUCAACUUCUUCCGUUGGCGAACAAAGGGCCUGGCCCGAAGGAAACACAUUUCAGAUUUCAAGAGAAACCACAGUACAAAAUCUGCAGCAUUGAGCACGUUGGGUAGCCAUCUUUCCUGGUGGAUUGGGACCUGCUCUCUCUCCUUUUUGCUCUGGGCAGGCUAGAGAGCAAGCGAAGUGGGGUGGGGUCAGGAUGAGCCAUGAGCCCCCCCCCUCCUCUCUUGCUCCUGGGUCAAUGGAACCUCAAGCCAAUGUGGGCUAAUUUUGGAAAACGAACCAAGAUUGAUCCUGGCUUGUCCUCAGAUGGAAAGAAGAAGAAGAAACCUCUUUUAGGAGAAACAUCUGGAGGGGUGGGGAUGGCAGUGGUUUUUCCUACACCGUUAUUGCUGAGGACACUUCCUGGAGAAGCGUGUUCCGGGAGUUUGCAUUUACCUUGAAAAGAAACAUCACUUUUUAUAUGGUAAAUUUGGGGAGGUGAGAUUUGAGGGCAUUUUUGUACAUUCUGUGUGUGUGUGUGAGAGAGAGAGAGAAAGAGAGAGAGAGAGAGAG